UCCUCGGGAAUCUGACUCGAAACGGACGUUUUCGUUAAUCGAUUGUGAAAUUAAUACGUAUUUAAUGUUUUCCAUAGUUGGUUGGUGGUUUUGCAGAGAAUAAAAUUAAUCGAAUUCAUGAAUGUCUGUGUAGGCAAUCAUCUCUGGAGGACUCUGUUGACAAAAUGGGGGCAUAAAUUGUGCAAUGCGCGGUUAUAAAACAUUGUUUGAAAAACAAAUUCCCCAGAGUGGACGAAGGAACGCUCUGGCAAAAAGCUGUUUAAGUCAAAAACAAUCCUUGUGUCUGCACUGUGGAGUGACGGCGUUGAACACCUACCAAAGUAUAGGCCUCUUCAAGGCGGGAAUCAUUAAUGAGAUUAUCUAAUCCUUCGAUGGAUGGUAAGAGACGCCUAAAUCAUCGAUAAAUUGAUUUAUUGAUUCAGAAAACAAAUUCAACGUUACAUAAACACUCAAAUGCAGCCAGCAGCACGGCUUCACCGAAUGUCAUAUAUGGGGGAACAACAACAUUCUGGCUGAGGUAGUUUUCCUCCAAGUCCAAUUAUUCCAUACACACGACGACGCGACGCUGGGCUGAGUCGGAUGCAAAUCCAAUCCACCCUUGGAACAACAAAAACAACAACAACAGUCGGUCUGUGGUUGAAGCACUAAAGUAAGAGAAUUUGCUAGUAGCAAGCGCCUACUGACUAGCUGAUGUAGAACUUCCCUUAGCACUGGGUACUAGUAGGAAUCGGACCGUCGAAGCAGGCGGAUCGUAUGCGUUAGUUAGUUGCUACCGGAAGUGUUGUUGAGGUUUGAGCUUUUGAGAGCAAACCUCCCUUCGAAACAAGUGAGUUUUGGUUUAACUGCAGCCCUCCAAGUGCCAACUUACACAAAUGGUAAAGCGCAUAGAAGACAGUUUAAAACAGUUAUAGGAAUCGUUUGUAUCGGUGACUUUAGGGGAAGACAUCCCUCAAACGCGUGGCGUUUGAAAAACCUUAGGAAUAAGCUGGACAUGUUCCACUGCACAAUUUUGAGUGCAGUUUAGUGUGUUUGAACGUGUGUUACUUAACGUGUAGUUGUCCAGUGCCAGUUACAGUGUUACCAGUGGUGUUACUUACAAUAAGCUGUGUGGGAGCAAACUAAGGAAAAAGCAAAUUUGAUUUGUUCUUCGAUGAUGCAACCGGGUCCAAUGGCGGCGGCGAACGUGUGAAAAAACAACCUUCUACAUCAAUUAGUACUGCUGCUGCUGAUUGAGAAAGUGUGGCAAAAUCCCUCAGAACCGUGCCAACAGGUGUUUGCACUAUUUCGAGUGUUUAUAGCGGAAUUAAGGCCAAAGCCCUAAAGUGUGCUCGCUGACAAACGUUAUCGAAAUCAAAUAUUGGCAGCUAAAUACACGGCCGAAGAUAAAAAAUUUGAUCAGAAAAGGAGCUUUGGAGUUGUUCGGUGAAGUCAGUUGUAUGGUGUUGCAUUUAAGUAUAUGCUGACGGAAUAUUCUAGAAAGAUGAGCUCCACCAAGUGUUUUUUUUGCUGAAUAUUGUUACUAGCUGAGAAUAAAAAAACUUAAUUAUCCUGAGAUGGGACCAGUGUCAAAAUAAUCUCAACUCAGUAAAUUACUGAAUUUUUAAUCAAAUCGUAGAAGUUUGAAUAGUGAUUGAACCGGAAGGAGCAACAAAAGCGACACAAUGGGAAUGACCAAGCAGCAGCAGAAUCUGGAGCAGAAAUCGUCGAGUGCAAUCUCCAGAAACCCAAUGAUGGGCAUCAAGCAGCAGCCCCACAAGUCGGACAACCGAAGUCAAUCGCAACACCAGCAGCAGAAAUCUCAAUCUCAGAAGCAUACCGUGCACUGGUUCCGGAAGGGUUUGCGGUUACAUGAUAAUCCUGCCCUCCGAGAGGGGCUACGGGAUGCUGUGACUUUCCGAUGCGUGUUCGUAAUCGACCCGUGGUUUGCCGGAAGUUCCAACGUCGGCAUCAACAAGUGGAGGUUUCUGCUACAAUGUUUGGAAGAUUUGGACCGGAAUCUGCGGAAGUUGAACUCCCGGUUGUUUGUGAUCCGGGGUCAACCGGCGGAUGCUUUGCCGAAGCUGUUCAAGGAAUGGGGCACCACCUGUUUGACGUUCGAGGAAGAUCCGGAACCGUUUGGGAAGGUGCGGGAUCAUAAUAUUUCGGAAAUGUGCAAGGAACUGGAUAUCGAAGUCAUUUCGGCGGUUUCUCAUACCCUGUAUAAAUUGGAAAGGAUCAUCGAAAAGAAUGGCGAAAGAGCUCCCCUGACCUAUCAUCAGUUUCAGGCGAUAAUCUCAUCGAUGGACGCGCCACCUCAGCCGGAACCGGCCAUAACCUUGGAAACAAUCGGGAACGCAUCGACACCGAUGUGCGACGAUCAUGACGACAAGUACGGAGUGCCGACGCUGGAAGAAUUGGGCUUCGAAACGGAAGCCCUCAAACCUCCGGUUUGGGUCGGAGGAGAAACGGAAGCACUGGCCCGACUUGAACGGCACCUGGAACGGAAGGCCUGGGUAGCGUCCUUCGGAAGACCAAAAAUGACGCCCCAAUCGUUGCUCGCCAGCCAAACAGGACUUUCUCCUUACCUUAGGUUUGGGUGCCUCAGUACUCGCCUAUUCUACUAUCAGCUGACGGAUCUCUACAAGAAAAUCAAAAAGGCUUAUCCUCCACUCUCACUUCAUGGCCAACUUUUGUGGCGCGAAUUUUUCUACUGUGCCGCCACCAGUAAUCCCAACUUCGACAAGAUGGCUGGCAACCCUAUAUGUGUGCAGAUUCCCUGGGACCGGAAUGCGGAAGCCCUUGCCAAGUGGGCCAGCGGCCAGACUGGGUUCCCCUGGAUCGAUUCCAUCAUGACGCAGCUGCGGGAGGAGGGUUGGAUUCAUCACCUGGCCCGGCACGCGGUAGCAUGUUUCCUGACACGUGGCGACCUGUGGAUCUCCUGGGAGGAGGGUAUGAAGGUGUUCGAGGAGCUGCUGCUGGAUGCGGACUGGUCCGUCAAUGCCGGCAUGUGGAUGUGGCUGUCGUGUUCGUCAUUCUUUCAGCAGUUUUUUCACUGCUACUGUCCGGUGAAGUUUGGACGCAAGGCUGACCCGAACGGGGACUACAUUCGGCGGUACCUGCCGGUGCUGAAGAACUUCCCAACGCGCUUCAUUCACGAGCCAUGGAACGCACCGGAAAGUGUCCAGAGAACCGCCAAAUGCAUCAUCGGAAAGGACUACCCACUGCCGAUGGUAAACCAUGCGAUCGCAAGUCGUGCCAACAUGGAGCGCAUCAAGCAGGUUUACCAGCAGCUAGCGAAGUUCCGGAACCCGGCCAGCUAUUACGAGAACGAUGGCCACGACAAGGGCGGCUCGGCCAUUGCCGGAGUGAUGACCGCAGCCAAGGUGCAGCACAUGAACGCCAGCAGCCUGAACGAUAGCCCCAGUCCGACGACCAUCAUGACCAACGUCAACAGUUCCGGUCACUACAUGUGCCGGAGCAAUCCGUCAGCACAAAGUGAUCCGAAUCCACCAAAGAUUAUAACGUAUCAUCCCUCGAUGGGUGAUGAUCAACAACAGCAACAGCAACAACAAACACAAAUCUCGCACCACCAACAACAGCGACAGCAACUUCUUCUUAAGCACCAGCAACAGCAACAGCAUCACCAGCACCAGCAGCAAGAGCUUCAACGUCAACAGCUAAAUUCCACAAGUCGACCCGUUGUAACCGAUCAGUAUAACAAUAUUCUCUCGCAACCGGUUUCCACCUACGUAUCGAUCAAACCGGAAAGCCCCGGAAUGAUUGUGAACAACAAUGACAUCAUGAAUGCACACUUCAGCACCCUCCAGGAGCAGAUGAACAGCAGUAUGAUAUCGCUGGGGGCAUCGACGAAAGUCGAGAACAACUCCUUCGAGUACGAGCGAAACCAGGAGAAUUUGUACAACAGUCAGUUCAAGGUGGAAUACACGGACAACUUCAACUCGGGCUACGGCAUGCGAAACGCUGCCUUCUACAGCCGCGAGCGAGACGAAGAACAGACGCAGCAACAAUUUCACAGUGUCAGCGAGUCACAGAACAAUAGCAAACCAAUGAACCGAGCACAGUACGAAAUGGUCUAUCAGACGGAACACAGCGAGCACCCUCAGAAAGGUGGCGACGAACGUUACUGCUCGUCAGAACGCAGACUACAAUCGUGCGAGGACGGUGGUCGACAACAACAGCAACAGCAACAAAGGAUCUGUAUAACCAACAGAGGCCAAGAGCAGCAGCAUUUCUCGGACCAACAGCAACAUGCGAUGCAACAGUCACCAAUGGCGGAGGAGAAGCUGAACUCGCCGGAUUAGAUUUAUUGAUUGAUUCUUGCAGUUAAAGGAAUGUUCAUUGGCUUGUGAUUUGCAUUUUAUGAAAAAAUGAAAUAUUGUUGUAGUUGUAGACGUAUUCCAGAAAAUACAGCAUUAUUUUCCUAUUGUA